GCUUCCUCAUCUCCUGCCUUCAGGCAAUCAGCCAAGAAAUAGGUUUCCACCUCUUCCUACCUAGAGUCGGUUUUUAUACUCUCGCUGAUCGCCGACCAACCCGUGUAAGACACAUACGACACCCUCUCUACGCACCCGUUCUCAAGCCAUCGCCAUGGCUUCGGCCGCCAUACCAGCAGCAGACCUCAAAUCUUUUACAGACCACCUCAGAGGGUGCAAACGAAUUAUCGCUCUUCUCGGAGCCGGCAUCUCCGCUUCAUCUGGCCUCCCCACCUUCCGAGGCGCCGGGGGCAUCUGGCGUUCUUACGAUGCGACAGAACUGGCAACUCCCGAAGCGUUCAAUGCCAACCCAGACCUAGUAUGGCAGUUUUACAGCUAUCGAAGGCAUAUGGCGCUCAAGGCUCAGCCGAAUCGGGCCCACUACGCUUUGGCUAAGCUUGCCAAGAAGAACCCUCAAUUUAUAACGUUGACGCAGAACGUUGACGGUCUCUCGCAGCGAGCCGGCCAUCCCUCGCACCAGCUCCAUCUCCUCCACGGCUCCCUUUUCACCGUCAAAUGCACCUCGUUUUACUGCAGCUACUCGCGCGAAAAUGACUUCACGGACCCGAUUGUACCUGCACUCGCUCUCCCAAAGAACACCACGGACCUCGGUCCAUCGCCCGAAGACAAAACAGGCGAGCAGGCGUCUCGCGCGCUGGCGGGCGCGCUAGGAAGUGGGGAAGAAGAUUCAGGGCUGGAUAUCUCCGACGAACGAGUUCCUCUCCCCGCGCUGAGUCCGGAGGUGCUUCCGCACUGUCCGGAAUGCAAGGAAGGGCUACUACGGCCGGGGGUAGUGUGGUUCGGGGAGAGCCUACCGCUACGGACGCUCGAUCAUGUCGACAAGUGGCUGAGUGCGGACACGGUGGACCUCAUCUUGGUGAUUGGGACGAGCUCGCAGGUUUACCCUGCGGCGGGGUACGUCGAUAAAGCACGCGCGCGGGGUGCAAGGGUGGCUGUCGUCAACAUGGAUCGCAAUGAUGUUGGGUCUUCGGGAUUGACCUCGAGGGACUGGUUGUUCCAGGGUGAUGCUGGGGUUAUCGUACCUCAAAUAUUGGAGCCUGUUAUUGGGGAAGUAUAAUUGAUGUGAAUGAGUGUGAUGGGGCAGGGUCUCUAUCGAGUAGAUUGAAUAUAUGCCAGGUUGUAGCAAGCUGUGGAAAGAAGACAAGCUAGCGGGGUGCUGCUGGUUCACCGC